AUGACGACUUACUUGAUAGAUCUUUUCUCAUGCUUUGUAGGCUUGGCCGACCCCUUUCGAGGCCCUGAAACGCAAGAGGACUUAUCCACGGACAAGGCAGCUGAUUCCGCCACAGUGUCGGUUGAUGAUGAAGAAGAAGAAGACGCGGAGAUCGGAUCAGGAGAGGAGAGUGAUGAUGACGAGGUUCGAGGCUUGGCCAGUGAUGAGGGGGAGAACGAGAAUAUUGAAGACGAUGUUCGUGAGGACGGAAUUGACGACGAGGACCGGAUUAUGGCUGACGAGGGAGAGGAGCUUGAUGACGAUAUUCUCGCGCAAGAGGGAUAUGGAGCUUUGUAG